AUGGCAAUGACAAAUAACAAAACACUAUGUUUUAUAUGUAAUGAAGAAAAAAUAACAUUUAACUGUAAAGGAUGUUCAAAAGAAUUUUGUUUAACGGAUUUAAUAGAACAUCGUGAAAUAUUAACUAAUGAAUUACAUUAUAUCACUUAUCAAUACAAUGAAUUUAAACAAACAAUUCAUGAACAGAAACAAAAUCUACAGAAUCAUUCAUUAAUAAAACAAAUUAAUCAAUGGGAAAUAGCAUCGAUGGACAUAAAUCAACAAAAAGCACGAGAGUACAAAGAAAUCUUUAUUAAAUCAUCACAAACAUAUAUUAAUGAUAUUGAAAUAAAAUUUAAAAACUUGAAUGAGCAAAUCAAACAAAUCCAGAAAGAAAAUGAAUUUAAUGAAAUUAGUUUAGAUUAUUUAAGAAAUCAAUUAAUAGAAAUUACAAAAGAAUUAAAUAAUCCAUCAAAGAUUUCUAUUAAAGAAGAUUUACAAUCAUUUAUUAAUAAAAUUCCAGUUGUUUUGCCAAAAGAAUCAAAAUUUAACAAAUGGAAACAAAAUGCCAUCACGGUGGUUGGUGGAAAUGGACAAGGACAAGAAUUAAAUCAACUCGAUCGCCCUUAUGGGAUCUUCAUUGAUAAAAAGAAAAAUAUUUUUAUUGCUGAUUGUUAUAAUCAUCGUAUUAUUGAAUGGAAAUAUAAUACUAAGGAAGGACAAAUCAUUGCAGGUGGAAAUGGGCAUGGGGAUCGAAUGGAUCAAUUGGAUAAUCCAAUAAAUGUGAUUGUUGAUGAACAAAAUCAUUCGAUCAUCAUUGCUGAUUGUGUGAAUAGACGAGUCGUUCAAUGGUUCAAUCAAAAUCAACAAAUUCUCAUUGAUGAUAUUGACUGUUCUCGUUUGGCAAUAGAUAAACAUGGAUAUCUUUAUGUUUCUGAUUGGGAGAAGAAUGAAGUGAGAAGAUGGAAAAUGGGAAAAUACAACAACGAAGGAAUUGUAGUAGCAGGUGGAAAUGGGAAAGGAAAUGAACUCAAUCAACUCAAUGAUCCUGAUUUUAUCUUUGUUGAUGAAGAUCAAUCAGUGUAUGUAUCAGAUGAGAACAAUAAUCGUGUGAUGAAAUGGAGAAAAGGUGCAAAAACAGGAAGAAUUGUGGCUGGAGGAAACGGUGAAGGAGCAAAUUUGAAUCAAUUGUCUUUUCCUGAAGGAGUCAUUGUUGAUCAUUUGGGUCAAAUAUAUGUAGCAGAUUUUCACAAUCAUCGAGUAAUGCGUUGGUGUGAAGGAGAUGAAGAAGGUGAAAUUGUUGUUGGUGGAAAUGGAGAUGGCAAUGAAUCAGAUCAAUUGAGUGGUCCUUAUGGUUUAUCUUUUGAUGAUGAAGGAAAUCUUUAUGUUGCUGAAGUUUUUAAUCAUCGAAUUCAAAAAUUUGAACUAAUUUUGUAA